AGGUGGCCUGCGGGGAGCUGGAGCGUCCGGAUGCCACGCUCUCCGUGGUGACCUCUGGCCACCGCGUGGGCGACACGGCCCAGUACCGCUGCGGCCUGGGGCGCCGGACGGUUGGUGACAGCGUCCGCACGUGCCAGAACAACGGAGAGUGGAGCGGCACCACGCCCUCCUGCCAGUGGGUGGACUGCGGUCCGGUGCCGGCCGUGGAGAACGGCCGCCUGUACCUGGUGAACCAGAGCACGGAGUACGACUCCCUGGUGGAGCACCACUGCUUCCCCGGCCACGAGCGGCGCGGACCGUUCCGGCGCCGCUGCACCGAGACGGGCCGCUGGUCCGGGGAGACCACCACCUGCGUCCUGAAGAACCAGACAUCUGCAGUGCCGCCACCGGCGGGGGCGGCGGUGGGGCUGGAGACGAGCCAGACUGAGGGCGCGGCAGGGCGGAUUCAUUUGCAUACGACCAUGAAGUUGCUGCCGUCGGCGUCUACCUUUUCCAACAUCCCCCUCCCUCACGGCAGGCGUCGGGAGGUCAUGAAGCAGGAGAGCGCGCACGGCAUGAAGACGCUGGCGGUCCGGAGCGGGCCGGUCACCAGCCUUCCCGGCUACUCAAGCCCGGUGGACGGGCAGCCGACGGCGCUGCAGGCGCGCCCGCUGCCCUCGCGGCCCGACGAGGAGGCCAUCUACGCCGAGGCCGACAGCUUCUCCUCAGGGCCGGACAGCUUCACGUCGGACGUGCCGGAGCGCACCUACGCCAACCAGGACGCCACCUACGUCAACGGGCUCCAGCACAGCGGUUACGGAAACAAGCUCGGCGGUCCGGGCGACGUGUAUCAGAAUGGCGCGGGCGACGCGGGCGCCACCUAUCACAACGGCGUCCGCGUUACUGGCUCUGAGGAGUCUACGUGA